GGAAUAGUCCAUUUGAAAAGGACUCAAUCGCGAUGACUCAAAACAGACUCCGCACUCGCAUCUCGUGAGCUGUUUGUUGCAGCAUGGCGGCGCUCGACGAGGCGCUCACGACAGCGCACGCCCAGCUGCUGCAGACUCGCGAAGAGCUGGCGCAGUCAUCAACGUCUAGUUUCCAGGACGCAUUCCUGGAGGCGCUGCGGGAGCCGUACGAGGCAGCGGCACUCUCUCACAGCAAUAACAGUAGACCCAGAAAAUCGAUCAAAUGGCGGCGCUCAGAUCUACUCAAUUUCCUGAGCCUCUACUUCCCGCAAUACGUGCAGCAACCUGCUGCCUUCUCAGCCUUAUGUGCAUCACUCUCCAGGAAAGCCUCAAAAGCCGCUGAGAAAGACCGCAAUGGACCCGCAGAGAACGACGAGGAGUUCGUGACCGUCACUUUCGACAACUUGAAGCGCGUCUUGGUGAGGCAAUACGGCAGUACGAGACUCGUGGCUAAAGACCCGUUCCCACUUGAGCCUCGCGUUGAACCCAAGCCGGAACGUCGUCGCAGUAUCGCUCCGUUCAUGCCAGGGUCAACUAGUGCAAGUGAAAAUACAUCCGAUGACACCACAUCGAUGCCCGUUCUGCGGGAGUUCCAGGCUGAAGUGAUGAAGAAGUCCAAGAGCUGGUUGGGACGCUGGCGAGCACGUCAUUUGCUGCUGCGUUGGGGGGUUCUCGAAAUGCACAAACGCAUCUCCAGAACUCCCCAACGCAGCUUAACUGCCAGAUCAUUCCGCCAUCACUCGUCUGGUGCCAGUUCCAGCGCUGCAACAAGCAAUACGAGCAGCCGUGGAGGUGACAGCUCCAGUUCUGCCUCCUCUUCGGCGCUUACAACUGCUGGAGCAGGAGCAGCCAAUGUCAAGACGUACGAUCUUCAGGACCUCGUGUCACUUAAACUGGAGCAUGUGAGUGAUGGAGAGUCUGCCUCAGCUCGUAAAGCAGCACUGACACUGAAGUUCCAGACAACACUCGCACCGUCAUCCGCCAGCCAUAGCAACUCUGGGACAACGACUAACCAAGAAUUCAAGACGCUAAUACUAGGAGGCGGUGAGGCGUCCGACACGCUCGUUUUGAUUCGAGAUCAUAUCGCCACUUAUGCGCUGUAUCUGGAGCUUUCACGAAGGGAUCGUCUGCCAUCUAUGACCAAAGUACGUCGACAUGUUGCAGCCGGGGCCAUGGUGAACGUUCGCGUCCGCAUUCCUCGCAUCUCGCAACUCAAGGACUCGAAGGAUGGAACGCGACGACGAAGCCAAGUAAAGCAACCGCCGCGAGGGAUGGUGACUGCCUUGCAGCUCGCGUUUCUGCAAGAUCCACGCGUGCCCAGCUUUGAGAGCACCAUUGCUUUGCUGCUACACGCUGGCGCAGACCCACGGAGUCUCCUGUACUGGGACUAUGCGACGCAAGUGGUUUUUACACCCCCGUCCAGUGAUAAAAAGGAGAAGAGCGAGGAACACCAUCAACGGCGACGAUUACGGAAACGACUUCUUCUUCUCGACAAGGUGGAGAGUGAUGGUGAUGAACGUGCCACUUUCCAGUGCUGUGAAGUACAGGCAGAUGACGCAGCUCGGUGGAAUCUGCUCAUGUAUUUUUGUUGGCUUGGGGACGUCGAAAGCGUCAAGCAGCUGCUUAUUGUGACCGGGGCGGGGAGCUCUUCGGGAAGCCAAGGCAGGACAUCUAGUCGACAGCUGGUGACUUGUCUGGAUCAUGUUAACGCGGUAGGUGACACGGCGCUUCACGUUGCUAUAAAAUCGGGUAAAGAGUCGGUAGCGCUUCUGCUCGUGGAGGCAGCGCUUUCAAUGAAUGCACAGGCGGUGCACCAAUGUGACGCCCGCGGCGAACCAGUUGUACAUUUGGCACUCGUUGCGCGUCAAUGGCAUGUUGUAGACGCGUUGGUGGCAGGUGGGGCAGUUGAUCCGCGAUCUUAUGAUGCUGUGGGGAAUACUGCGCUCCAUCUUGCCAUUCAACUUCGUGCACCUGUAGCGCUUAUCGCGCGGCUUAUCCAAGUGUAUCGCCAUUCUUCGCCGACUGGAGGUCUCGAUGGACGAGCUGGUCAUCGGGGAAGCAAUGAUACUCCUCUGUCGUUGGCACUCAAGAGUGGGCAGCAAGAAGUUGUGGCGUUGCUGCUUGCUUCUGGUGCUUCUCCGUCAGGUUCAGAUUGUCAAUGGAGUCAAGCAUUUGUUGCAAAGCUGGACACUCGAAAUGAAGAGGAUGCUAACGAGAAAGUGGUGGUUGGUGACGAUGAUAGCGCCCUACACGUGGCUAUUAAAGCAGGAAUGGAGUUGGCAGCAGCGGCUUUAAUUGCUCAUAAAGCCGAUAUUUAUCUUGUAGAUUCUCGCGGCGCAUCGUCACUGGUACUUGCUAUCCGCUAUGGGCUAUACGCAUUAGCUGCUGCUCUGGUAGAUCAGCACCAGAAGAAGCCAAAUCAAUCCGCUAGCAAGCACUGGUGGAUGGAUAAAGAAACAGGCAGACCCGUGACCAUGCUAGCUUUUCAAGCUGGGCAACUCGAACUCGCAGCACUCUUGCUUGAUUGCAUUGUUCACGACAAUAGCAGCCAGCGUCAAAUGUAUCCUGCCCGGGUUCUUCCUCUGUUGAUCCGGAUAAGUUCGUGGCUAGGAGCUCGUGUUGGUGCUAAUAGCAGUGUGGUAUCAAACACGUCGAGCUUUUCAAGACGUAAAUCGGGGAGCAGUGUGGACGAUGGAGACAGAAAAUCAGCAGGCCGAAAGAAAUCUCGAUCAUCCAACUGGACUCGGAAGCAGCUGAGAAGUGAAUCAUCUCGUCACAGUGGGGACAGUUCAAUAGCAAGUGCGUUUACUGAAGAGGACAGAGAUGUCUGCAAUUUUCUUCUUGGAGGAAUCCGGUCGCUUAUGGUGAGAUUCCUUCAUCUCAGUGGGAAUUCAUCGGUGGCCGAAGUUAUUGGAGGCGACACGGUGCCCACUUCUGUGUCCCUAUCUACACUACCAUUGGAGAUUCAUCUACCGACAACUUCAACUCCCACCAAGUCGUCGCCGCCUAAAGUUGUCAAAGAUGACGAAGUGACUGCAGUAUCGCCACUGCAUGUGGCAGCGUCCGGUGGCCGUUCAACGUCAAAUUUACUUCAAUUACUGUUGGCGUUUCUUUUGAGUGCGGAUGCAAGUGAAGCAGCACAGAUGCUUGUACGUCCAAUGGGUCCUCGUGCUGAGACUCCACUCCAUGCUGCUCUAGCAGCGGGAGCGGCUGGAAACGCCUUGCUGUUGCUCUAUUCGUCGCGUGAGCUUCAAGUCCGCAGUCCUGCUGUGGGCCCAGUGUGUGCUCAAAUACUGGAGACGACCAACUCCUUAGGCGACUCGGCACUUCAUUUGGCCUGUUCAUGGCCUCACAGUGCUUCCAUGGGUCUCGUAUUGGAGUUGCUUCUUCAAGAGCAUGUGGAUACUGGAAACUGGAACAACGCUGGCUUGGCUCCUCUUCACGUGGCUCUGCGUGAGGAGUGUGAUGACUCGUUUAUUGAAUUGUUCACACGAUACCGACAGGAUUUAAAUCUCUGGACUGAAGGAAACACUUACGAAGAUGAAGACGGCGACUUUACCAACACUGGCGGUAGACCAAGUGCUAUAACCGUGAUAUCUGCGUGUCCACAGAAUCCUCUUAUGUUGGCUGUGGAGUCGGAGAAUGCUUCUGCCUUUCGCGCUUUGGUGCGAGGUGGGGCGCGUACUAGAGCUCUCAUGCCACGUGCUCGUAUUGGACUUCUACAGCUUGCUGUGCACUUCAAAGUCCGCGAUCCCGAACUGCUUGCGUGUCUACUUGACGACCCAGAGCUGGAGCAUUCAGCCCAAUCGGAUGUAGCUGAUCAGUGGGGGGUUAGUCCUCGAGAAGCACGGUCAAGAUUGAUGGAAGUGUGGAGAAAAGAGCGCAGUGGAGGUGACAUACAGGAGGCAUUUGGAGGCCGUCGACCAACAAAUACAGACAAGAACACAGAAGAAGAUCCGUUCGGGAGUCGGAAUCGACCUCCUCCGCUUCACCCGCUAUCAGCUAGUGGCGAACAGUUGGCAUACAGCUCCAUGUCCUCGGACUAUGCAUCAUCCAUUGAUUCCUCGACGCAGUCAGUAGAGACCAGAGCUCCCCCACCGCUUCGCAUCAGUGUUCCACGUCCUCCUGCAGAGUCAGUGCCAUUGGAGACAGCUCAGUAUCUUCGAGCUCUUCCACGACCCCCAACGUUGUCGCCAACCACUCUGGAAUAUCUUCGAGAAGAAGAGCAGGCGACCCUGACUCUAGUUGCUCAGGAGGCGCGUAAUGAGGCACAGGACUGGCUAGCCAAGCGUAUCGGCCAAAAAAAAUUGCUGUCGGAUGCUCAUGCUCAGCUACACAACGCUAAGAAGCACAGACGUACAGCAAGUGGCAGCAGUGUGAGUAGUACCAGAGACGAUCUAGAAGCAUCUUAUGAGUCUACGCAGAGUGAUCAACAAUUGCUGGAGGAGUUGAAGGCUGCUGCGGCUAAGAAAUUCAUUGAGAAACAUGUCGCUGAAGCCGUGGCCGAGGCGCGAUUGGCCAUUGAACGAGAGAAACAAACGAUUUUCCAGGAGACUGGACUAUACCCUGGAAUGACUUCAGUCUCCAAGAAGAGUAAGAAGAAGGAGGACGGGAGACAUCGAUCGCUAUUGGUUCGAGCUGCAAGUUCGACUACCGGGUCCAUGUUGCUACCUGCUUCGUCGGCAUCAGUGACGUCGGUCUCCAGCGAGGAAGGAAGCUCAACUCAACUGAGCGACGACAGCUACGGGAGCGCCAGUUUCUGGUGGUCUGAGCGUGGCACCACAUUCUUGAGCGACGAUAGUAAUCUCAGUUGGCUGUCGACUAGCAACCCGCGAGGAGGAACCGUGUUGAGUGAUCCUGCCUCUGGGAGGGGAAUGAUGCUUGAUGGGAGUUUUGAUCGCCGUCUGUCGUUUGCUUCUCGAAGCUUUCUGGACAAUGAAAUGUCAAGAGAGGAAGGCUUGAACUAUAGCGUCAUAGAUCCUGUGCAGUCCCGGGACCAGGAACUGGACCAACCAUCCUUCACACACGUGAUUUCAGAGCGAAAUGCAACGACGUGAGAGUGUCAAUAUACUGCAGUUUUGAGCGCAACUAUCGAAAGGACUCCCUCGCAGCUUGUUGGGCCUGAAUGAUCUGCUGGAUAAAUUCGUCAGAGAGAACGAUUUUGUCUUGCGCGCUGUUUUGAAGUUGUUGAAGAUACUGCACUGCGUCGGCUGAGCUAGCGGUUGCUCCGUAGUUCUCAAAACGCUCAUGUUCCUCCAACUCCGCGCGAACAUGGAUAAGUAGACGGUUAAGGUACCGUCGGUGAGCGACAGAGGCUCGUUGCAGCACAAAACUCAACUUGGACGGCUCGGGAGUAUCAGUGGGGGCUGGCAGGUUCAACGAAGAAGCAGGUGCCGGGGCAGGAGGAGGGGUACGUGGGGUACUUGGGAACGGUGGAGCCAACCCCUCCGGUGUUGGAGGGGCUUCAAUACCCCCUGGUUCGUCUCCAAGCUCUGCACUGCCCUUUUGGGCGAAACUAUCGCCGUCCUGAAUCUGCUGUUGCUGCUGGAGCUGAUGCUCAUGCAGUUUGGAGCCUGACAUUGUGAGGAAAACCUGAUGAGGACGUGCAAAGACACCGUGUUUGGGCUUACAGCGGAAGUAAUACCGUCCUUUGACGCUGCCAUCAUUCUUCCCGUAAGCUUCGUCCAGUUCAAUGCCCACCCAAAUCCCUUUCACGCCGAUAAUUUCACCCAAAAAUCUCACAAACCCGAACAGUUCUUUAUCCGGGAUGCACACACGAUCACCCACGUCCAGGUUGAAGCCCGCCAACGCCUGCACUUGCUGCACUGGAGUUGCGUCUCCAUCCACACUGGCAUUGGACGCUGAACCCGCGCCUUUCGUGGACUCCGCCACGUCCGAGGACACGAGCGCCUCGAGUCGCUUCUGAAUUUUAUAGUCGACCAUGCUCAUGACGACGAGCGCUCGCUUGGGGAAGAGUGUGUGGAAGGCCAAGAAAAGCUCAUGCGCCUGUGCUCGACAUGAGGAACUGGCGUCGUAUAGCGCGUGUUGCAGACCUUUCUCGAGCUGCUGCACGUCACUCUUGUCCAUCACGGGGCUCCACGAGACGAGUGCACGUCGAAGACAGGAGAUGCAGCAUAGUCGGAUGAGUUUGUUUUUGCUGUCUAGUAAAAUGUCCACAAAGAGUCGCAACGUAGCGCCUUUGAUCACCGUCUGCGUUACUACAGCCUCCAGGCACUCCCCGCAGUACGUGCCACAGACUUUGUUGCCACUACCACGAACCUCCACGAGUGUGGGCAACACUUCGCGCAGAAACGGAGCCAUAGCGUCGCGCGUGACGCGUGAGAUGGUCGUGAGCAGCGCACAGACUUCCUUGACGAUCUGAGAGCGUAGAUCUUGUACCAUUCCUUUGAGCGGCCGCAGCGUCUUCCACACGUCUGUACUGAGACUGGCAGCCACAGUGCCGGCCGGUGGAUUUUUCUCCAGCUGCUCAAAGGCGCGCUGCAUCUCGCCCAGCGCCGCCAUGCGCUCUUGCCAGUUCUCAGUGUUGCGAGCCACGCGAUCCAUCUCGCGGGCCAGCAGCGUCACCAGCGUCUCCUGUCACAAGAGCGUUAGAGAGAGGGGGCAAUGAGAUAAAACGCACAUAGAGAGAGAGCAGUGGGGAGCGUGCACACCUUGCUCAUGGCCACCGAUUGACAGGGAGCAGAACGCCAAGACACUUGGCUUCAAGCCACGAACGUCUUGUAUCCAACUGAGUUUUACUCACUCGAAAUUUUACGCUAAGUUUCAAGAAAUGUUAGCGUUAGCAUAAAUUUUGUACAUUAAAAAUUCAAGAUGCUCUUAUU